AUUUAACAAAACGAUUGCAUUUAAAUGUGUUGCUAAUUGAAUUCUCAAGCACACCAACCAAGCCGUGCAGUUGCCAAACACUUAAUCCGAAACACUUCAACUCCAUUUUAAAACGGAACGCUGAAUGCAGAGUUGGCCUGAAAACUAGGAGCCCAGCGACUUUAGAAAGUUGCACUUCUCCGCCGUUGUAAAUCGGAGUUGGUGGGUUUUUUUUUUUAGCUCGCUGUGGAUCAAGGUGUUGGGCGAAGGGGAAAACAAGGCCAGAUUUACAGUUGUUUGUUUUGGAAUUGUGCUGGCGAUGGACAUGGAAAUUUUGUGUGUGUCCGUCAUUGGAUCCCGGGUUGCUGGUCGCUUUUCCAUUGGUCGCUAGGAGUUGAUAGACACGCAGACCUCUCCUCUGCUGUAAAACGGAGCAGACGUUUGCAUCAAUCAGCCGGGGGUGGGUAGAUGACAGUGUGCAGGGGGCAAGUAGGAUAAACUCAAUAACUCCUCUCCGCUAGCCAACGACAUGCUAACUGGCACUGAGAGAGAUGUGAACACUUCUGGACCUCUGUAACCUUCAGCGUCAGUCAAGGGCCGAAUUUGUCGACGAAUAUUGUGGUUACUUUUCGUUUCCAUUUGGGAAACUUCUACAGUGCACACACACACACACACACACACACACCGCCUCUCAACCUCUCGCAUUGGUGUCCUUGCGAGGAAAGAAGUCUGGGGGUUUGAUUUGCGCGGCUGAACGAACGCACCCGACUCGGAUAAUAUGAGUGAGAGGAGGCGGUCGGCGGCCGCUCUCAGUACACGGGCCCACGCCUUCUCCGUGGAAGCGCUGAUCGGGACUAAUAAAAAGCGGAAAAUCCAAGAAUGGAGCGAGAAGACGAUGGAACUGAGUGUGGACAGUAUAAACCAGGACCCGGCGCUGGGAGACAACGCGGAUUCAAGCCAGUGUAUGGAGAUCAACUCUGAGUCGCAGCUGAGCUCGGAUCAGGAGCAGAGCCCUUCGGCAGAGGGGGAGAGCCCAGCACAGCACACAGCCUGUUCCUACAGUUCUCCCACCGAGCUGGGUGCCAACCCACCCUCCUCCCUCACAACCUCCUCCAUGGACGAGAUUCAGAUGGAACUACAAUGUGCUGACCUGUGGAAGAGGUUUCACGAUAUCGGCACCGAGAUGAUCAUCACCAAGGCGGGAAGGCGAAUGUUCCCAGCCAUGAGAGUGAAGGUUCUGGGACUGGAUCCACAUCAACAGUACUACAUAGCAAUGGAUAUAAUCCCUGUUGACAACAAGAGAUAUCGAUAUGUUUAUCACAGUUCGAAAUGGAUGGUUGCAGGGAACGCAGAUUCUCCGGUGCCUCCUCGGGUCUACAUCCAUCCAGACUCCCUCGCUUCAGGAGAUACGUGGAUGCGACAAGUUAUCAGCUUUGAUAAGCUCAAACUCACCAACAAUGAGCUGGAUGAUCAAGGACAUAUAAUUCUUCAUUCCAUGCACAAGUAUCAGCCCCGGGUGCAUGUGAUCCGAAAGGAUUUCAGCAGCGAACUGUGUCCGACCAAAGCGGUGCCUGGGGGAGAGGGGGUGAAGACAUUCACCUUCCCGGAGACAGUCUUCACCACGGUGACAGCCUAUCAAAACCAGCAGAUUACAAGGCUGAAAAUCGAUAGGAAUCCGUUCGCGAAAGGGUUCCGGGACUCGGGCAGAAACAGGACUGGCUUAGAAGCCAUCAUGGAGACAUAUGCCUUCUGGAGACCUCCUGUUCGGACCCUCACAUUUGAAGAUUUUACCAACAUGCAAAAACAGCAAGGAGGUAGUACAGGAACUUCUCCAACAACAUCUAGCCCAGGAACUCCAUCCCCUUCAGCAUCUUCCCACCUGCUGUCUCCAUCUUGCUCCCCGCCAACCUUCCACCUUACCCCCAACACCUUCAAUGUUGGCUGCAGGGAGAGUCAGCUCUGCAACUUAAACCUGUCUGAAUAUCCAGCCUGUGCCCGAGGCAACAUGGGCUCCUUGCAGAGUUACCCUACCCUAGCCGAGGGUGGAUACAACCGAUUGCAAGCUCCAAACGGGUCUUCUCAACAACCUGCAGAAACCUUCGUGCCGCAGAGGACUUCUUCGUUAAUUUCUGCAGUGCCCGCCCCAUCUUCAUUACAAGGCAACAACAAGAUGGAUGCGUACAGCAGUCAACUGCCUCCGUUUACUGCUUCCCAGUUUCAAUACGUCAUGCAGGCGGGAAGCCCAGCCUCUAAUACCUCCUCAUCUCACAUGUUUAGCGGUAGUCAUGUCCAGCAGAGCUCCUACAAUGCCUUCUCACUGCACAACCCCUAUAAUAUCUACGGCUACAACUUCUCCGCCUCGCCCAGAUUGGCAGGCAGCCCUGAGAAACACAAUGCACCCCAAAGCACUUUACUCUGUUCCUCCUCACCUAACGGGGCCUUCAGCGAGAGACAGUUCUUGUCCACAGGAAUAGAUGGGAUGCAUGUGAUUGGCUCCGCUCCUGGCCAGCAGCCACAGAAUGCCUGCGAUGCCAGACAGUACGGUGCUGUCCCAGGGAGUGCUUCACAAAUGUCAGUUCAUAUGGUGUAAAAGCAAUAUUUAAAAAGAAAAUCUUUACCUGAGUUGUCUACACACACACAGGACUCUGCACUAGGGAACCCCACAGUGGAUUGAUGUCAGUACCAGUCAGAUAGAAAUAUUGCCUACAGACCACAUUAAAAUGGAAUCUUCCCACUUGAACUGUCCUACAAAACCCACACACAAUGAUCUUUAGUGUUAUUGGGAUAAAUAAGCCUUCCUAUACACAGCACAGAAGUAGAUGUAAACAGGUCUCCGUCAUUGUCUAGAACUUGACGAUAUUACCCUUGUACACAAUUUACACACGAACAUGUGGCUGGAGCAUUUAAUUUCCAGAAAUUGGAUAACACCUAUCCCUUUUGCAAAGGCAAAUGUAAUCUUGUUGAUAAUGGACAAUGUAUAUUGUCUAGUUUUCAGUAAAAGAUGGCUUGCAUUUCUUAUGUAUUAUACCCUGUUUUGGGGGUCUUUAGUGUGUUAAACAUCCAAAUUGGUGAUUUACGAAUAAUCUAAUCCUGUCAUUGGCCUCCACAUCAAUCAUAGUACUUUACAGAUGGCCCAUUCCAAAGCCACUUUCUUUGGACCCUAUCAAAAGAACUUUGUUUUACGUUUCUGAGGAAAAUAACUUUUUUUUCCAAUUUUGCAAACAUGUACUGUUGGUAAGAUCUAACCUGAACAAAGUAUAAUAAACUCAGUCAGUGGCUCAACGGGAAAAAAAUAAAAUGAUUUCUAAUCAGUGCUGAAAAAAAUCACUUGAUGUUGAAACUUUAUUUUAGAAUGCUCCUGUUUGAAUUGGAAAUAUUGCACUGAUCCAGAGGGCAAGUAGCAAAAGCACAAGUGUCAUUAAUUACGUUUUUGGGUGAUAAACUGUAUACGUCUGCCCUAUUGAAUUCCUUAGUCUGGUCUGUCCAAAAGGAAUAGCUGAGAGGUAUACGUAAUCUUCUCAUCUCUGGAUUUAAUGACAGCCUAUCUUCAUCCAAAGAAUAAUCAGCAUUUACUACAAUAGCCUUGGAACUUGGUGCCUUGAAUCUUUUGUGUUAAGCGUUUGGAUCUGCUAAUGUGACAAAUGGAAGCUUUUCCCAGCUGAUAUAAUUGUGCCUAUAUUGAAGACCACCUCACUCUCCCCACCCCUGUAAACUGAUCCUGUAAAUCAAAUUAAAGAGGUGUGGGGAAUAAACUGUUCCUUUGCAAACAAAAGCCUCUCAUUAUUGGAUUGAAUGAGCAGAAUAAUUGGGAAUGGGGCAUGCAGAAGGGUGAUUUAUCCAAGAAGAACAUAAUGUUAAACCAGCCUCAGGGGCAGCAAUGGAGCUAUCUAUUUUCCUUUAGCCAGGAGACAUGGUGGCAAAAAUUAAAAGUAGCAGUUGGAAGCAUUAAAGAAAAAAAUGUCACUGGUGGUCAGGAACUUGUGCUUGAAAAUGUAGUGGAGGCAGAACAUUUUUUUCCAUUGAAAAUGCACUUUGGAAGCACUUGGAAGUUGCACAAGAUACAAGGUUAAGAAGGGAGGGGCUGAGGAGGGGUUAGGUUAGAUAGUUCCCCUUCAGAUUGGAUAGACACAAUGUGUUGAAUGAGUUAUAUAGCUUUAUGAUUCUAUGGAUUUUGUGAUGAUGAAAAGCAAAAUAGUUAAUUGGAACAAGGGAGACUAGCACAAUGAAAUACACAUCUCUGUUUCAGGGGACCAAAGUCCUUAAUUUGACUUGUGCAUCAUCAAACAGUUCCC